AUGAACUGCUGCACAAAAUCUUUCAAUGUUGAGGAAAAAGCUUUUGAAAUUUUCAGAGAAUUUAACUUUCUUGGAUCAUUGAUCAAUGUGAAAGACAAUGCAGAAGCAGCUAGAAACCGAAUGAAGCUGGAGGAGAAAGACAGGAGGUUACGCAGAGAAGCUGAACUGCAGAUGAAAAAUCAUGAAAACGAAACUCCCCAAAAAGACCAAACUGCCAGUAUAAUUCGAAAAUUCAGCCCAUUGCUAGAAAUUUGCCCGACGGAUCUAAGGGAAAUAUCAGCAUAUUUUCAGCGGAUUGAAGGAAUCUUCGAGAACCAUAAGAAUUGCUGA